GCAAAUUUUAUUUAUCAGUUUGUUGAAUCAUGAGAUUUGCUAGUUUGUUUGUGGUUUCUUGUAUUUUCCUUUUCCUUGUCAUAAGUCAUGUCAAAGAGAUUGAAGCGGUGCAGUGUGAAAUUAUCGAAUGGUUCGAUGAUAAAUGUGGUGCUGAUGGAAACAAGACGUGCAUAGAGCACCUUAUUAAAGGACAUAUAUAUGACUUUCCUCGUUGUGAUUGUCGUGACGCGAAGCCAGGAAUUUUGUGUACAUGUUUACAUCGUCUUCCUUGUGUGCCACCGUAUAUCCAACAGAAAAUUCAUAAUUGAGUGAUAAACUUACAAAUUGGUUUGUGUUGUGCUGA